AUGCCUCCAAAAUUAACCCCACAUCAAUUUUCGAGAGGUCUUGCUUAUGUGAAGCAGGUACCCACUUUCCUUCAAGGAUUAGUCGACGAUGAUGACGACGGAGCGGAAACGUCAGACAAGCUGCCAACUACGAGCGAAGACCUGAUUGAUAACGAAGAUGACGAAAUUCUUAAAUUAAGUGGAGACGAGAAACCGCAAAUCGUGGUACUUAACGAAAGGAAGCACAUGACAGAAGAAGAAGUGCAAGAGUUCAUAGGUACUCAGAAAAAAACUAAGCUAACAGAUGACGAAUCCAGUCAGAACGAAGACCAUGGUUCGCAAGGCGGAAAAAUAAUAUUUCGUAAGCCUGAUAUAAAGAAAAUUAGUGCAAACAAUAAUAAACCAAAGGCUUUCUCUAAAGCUAAAUCGGACACUUCCAUAAAGGAUCUUAAUGAAGUAAUUCAUAGCCUUAAGCGGGAACGAGCGAGCAAAGACGAAACUGGUGCCGGCGAAAAAUCAACGAAAAAAACAAAGAGGAAAAAGAAAAUGAACAAUCUCUUGAGUUUUGAUAGUGAUAUCGUAUAA